AUGGGUACUCACCACCGGGACCUCUCCCCCCACUCCGGUCGGCCCCGCUCCCGCGACUCUGGCCAGUUCUCCGAUCUUGCAAGUCAGGCCUCGACUUUCUUCCCUCUCCCUCCUUGGACUCGGCACACUGCUCCUGUGAUCCUACCUCGCGCCUCGGCCUCGCCUGACUCCAAGCCCCUUCUCCUGCUUCUACACCCCACCGGUAAUCGACUCGACUCAGAGGUCCCAGAGACCGAUCAAAAUGACAAGCAGACCUCGAAGUCUCGCAUGCGGUUCUUCCACACCGGCGACUUGACCUUGAAACGUCAGGCCACUGACCGAGGCCAAUCAAUUGACAAGGGAAUCUUUGUGCAGUUCGCCGUGGUCUCAAAGCCACAUCAUGAGAGCAGAAACAUCGCGGGGCACAUAAUGUGA